AUGGUGCGAGCGAGCACCUGGAAGAAAGACCAGUCUAUGCACCACUUACCACCACAUUGCGUCCAUUUGAAGCUGGAGACUUUGAGGAUGAAGAUAGAGACUUCGAGGAUGAAUAUUUCGAUGAGGAAAGACCCUCUACUACACAACGGCCAAUCUACAGAAGUAGUCGACCGACAAUUCGACCCAGCUUCACCAGAAAUCCCUUUCAACCUGAUGAUCUCUGUUGCCCUAAUCGAUGUG